AGAUUUCUCGGGGACGCCGGAGUUCGAGGCUGAGCCCAGCCCCAGAAACAAGCGGCCCCGGUCUCCCAGCUUCGGUUCCUCAUUUGCACUUCGCUCUUGCGGCCGGGACAAUGAACAGCAAAGACGGCAGCCCCCAGGAGAAGUACAAACUGGUGGUGGUGGGAGGCGGUGGGGUCGGUAAGAGUGCUCUCACCAUCCAGUUCAUCCAGUCCUAUUUUGUAUCCGAUUAUGACCCAACCAUUGAGGACUCCUACACCAAGCAAUGUGUCAUCGAUGAGCGGGCAGCAAGGCUAGACAUUUUGGACACAGCUGGGCAAGAGGAGUUUGGAGCAAUGAGGGAACAGUAUAUGCGUUCAGGUGAAGGAUUUCUCCUCGUUUUUGCCAUCAAUGAUCGAGGAAGUUUCGAUGAGAUCAGUAAAUUUCACCGUCAGAUUCUCAGAGUGAAGGACCGAGACGAAUUUCCCAUGAUCCUCAUUGGGAACAAGGCUGAUCUUGAACACCAACGACUGGUAACGAAAGAUGAAGCGGAGAAUCUCGCAAGGCAACUGAAAGUAACCUAUCUGGAGGCCUCUGCAAAAAUCCGAUUGAAUGUAGACAAUGCGUUUCACAACCUGGUGCGAGCAAUACGGAAAUUUCAGGAGCUCGAGAGUCCGCCCAGCCCACAACCCAAGCCGUCGAAAGGAGAGUCCAGUGGCUGUCCGUGUGUUCUCCUGUGAGGCCUCCGUGUCUUUAGCAGCGAGUUAGCUUUGCUGCGAGCUGACCUUGGUGAAUUUGGUCCUCUCCCUUCCUCCACAGCAUCAACUGACUUCACUUCCCCUUGCGUUUAGAGACCAUCAUGGAAUGACUGAAGACUUUGUCCUCUCCUGCUCUGAAUGACACUCGUACAGCUCAGUCAAGUGGCCAAGGGCUCACUGCUGGAGUUGCAGCUUACUAUCUUUUCAAAAACUGUUGUUUUGUUUUCUUUUUUUUUUAAAAAAAAAGCCUCUUCUAAAAUUCUAUCUUCCGUUGUGGUGUAAUGCUGGGAUCCAGGGGAGCUGCUUUGGAAGAUGGACACCAGGCAGGAGAGGGUUGUAGUUUUUGCACUGUAGCUGUGUUGAGGGUGGGGAGGAGAGGGUGGGGAGGUCCAUGCCGAGGUCAAUCUUGUCCUACUGUAAUUGACACUACGGGUGUGCGUGGUUAAUCGUGUUUUAACUUGUCUUUGUUGAAAGGGGUGUCCUAACCUCGCACUUCAUGAGAGCACACAGUUACUGUACAGAAUGGACAUGUCCAAUGAAUAAGGAAUGGGUCAGGGAGGCUGCCGAUCAGCGUUAGGUGGGUAAAGACUAGCCGUUUACCCCAGCAACUUGGCAGGUUCAGAUGCAAAAUGAGCUUGGAUCAGACCCAUAGUGCAAAACCGUUUCUAAAUUGUCACUUGAAUUCAAGGUCUUACUCGGAGGGGCUACGUGUGGAAAGUGGGAAAUGUGACACUUGGGGACACCAUGAGGCUAUGGCAUGUUAUUGGAGUAGAGAGAGCUUUACUGUACCCGCCCAUACGCUCCUUAACCCAAGGGUGCUUAACACUGGCGCUGCGUGUCUGAAAUGAUUCCAUUCUCUGCCACCACCAUUGUCUCACUUUUUAAGGACAAUUGUAGAUGCUCCAAGGGCCAGCUGGUUCUUGGUUUGGUAAUGCCUUGUGCCAGGCUGAAUCUUGGCCAAGUCUGUGGGAUAUGAACACUACAAUUGUCCUCAGUGUCUCUGGAUAGAGAAAGCGCUCCCGAGCUAUACUUGGUGCUUUGUGUGAGAGUAUAUUGGGGUAUCAAGAAGUGCUUCAUUUGAAGGGGUGAUCAUCUUAUGCAGUAGACUAGUAGGUAGAAGUGGCCUUUGGUUCAGUUAUCAUGGAAGAAUGUGGAGUUGGGGAAGGGGUGAGCUACCCAGUCUUGUGACCCAUGAUUAUCUCAUCAGGUUUUCUGGGUGUCUUUAUGUUCAACUGUUGCUUGGUGCUGAAGUUGCCAGUCAGUUAACCCAUAUAAAAUGAAAUUCCCUUUCCACUUCCCACCCAACCCAGUGCUGCUGCCACUUGCUGUGUUAACCUUCUCCUGUGCAACUGGGGCAGGUUUGACUGCUGGUUUUCAGAAAGUGGUUAAAUGUUUUUCUGUGAUUUCACUAUUGAUGUUUCAGUUGCCUGUUCCCCACCCCAGGUGUA